UUAAAGAGAAAAGGAGAAAGAAAGAAAAAGAAAUACAAAACCCUAACCCCUGCACAAACACACACCCAACCACAGACGCAUAAACGCAGUUUUCUCACUCUAGAAGAAGAAAAGAACUUCGAUGGCGAAUAAAUCGAUCUCUCUGGACAGUAUCAAAGCUUUUUGGCAUUCUCAGGUCCACGACCCCGACAAAUGGGAUCACAACAUGAAAUUACUUCGUGCAGGAGGGCUCUUUGCUGGAUCAAUUAUCUUGAUGCGCCAGUACGGUGAUAUGAUGGCCAUAUAAAAACGGAUAGUGAUAAUCCCACCUUCAAGUCUAGCUUGCUUUUCUAUUUCAUUUAGGGUCGAACGGUUGCUAUUUGCUUCGUCUAUUUUCUCGUUUUCCUUAAAUUCCUGUCUUAAGCUGAUCUUUGUCUAAAUGGGAAUUGCGUAUAAUAAGUUUUGAAUGUUUGAGAAUAAUGAGUUGCAAUGAUUUGUACAAGAUACAGAGCUUAUUACGCCGAUAAUUAGUACUACACUCGGUUCAUGUUAUUCCCAGAUUUGUUUUGAAAUCAUUCUGGUGUUGAGAUGUUUCUUCUUUAA